UAUGAAAUUUGUUCAUUCGUAUUUACAUUAUUUGUUUUGAUGAUGAUUACUUCCUGUCUUAGUAAAAUAUAAAAAUAAUUUAAUUAUUUCAAAAUAUUAUUGAUUUCCGGCAAUCAUAUGCAUUAAAUUCCGUCGAAAUACCAAGGAAAGCUAAAAAAGUUGGAGCAAGAUUUGGUAGAUAUUGAUGAAGUAUGUACAGGGAGUUUCACCGACACGAGAGUGAAAGCAACAUGCAUCUAGAAGCUCCAAAACUGAGGAUGGAUGAGAAUGCGGCAACAACACUGUUACAGUAUAUGACUAAAGAACAGUUACAAGAAUUCAUAGAUCAGCCAGAAAAAAUAGACAUGCAUAUUGCAGACUUAGAACAGACAAAAUCUAUACACAAGGAGCGAGAGAAUGUAAUAGUGAAAAACAAAAGUUUAGCCGAGUACAAUAUCAGCUUGCAACCACACUUUGAUAAUCUGAAACGAAAUGUGGCAACAGCAUAUGAGGAAGUUAAUGCAUUGAAGAUGACACUGUGUACAGAUGUUGCCAAACUAGAUAAUGCACCUGGAUGCCAGUCACAUGACACACUGUUGGCAAUCUUCCAAACAGAGGCUGCUGAUGCAGACGACAAAUCAGAGGAAUUGGCAGAGAAUUUGUUAGAUGGAAAGAUGGAUUUGGACAGUUUUUUAUCUGAAUAUAUACCAAAAAGAAGUGACGCUUUCUCAAAGAAAGCAAAAUUAGAAAAAGUUGGUGAACUUUUCAGACAGUUUCGUUCAGAUUCUGCCCCAUAUUCUACAAACUCUUCCUCACAGGACACUUACAAUAUACCACAAUCCAGCACCGCGGCUCCUGGAUAUGGGGCUCCAGGGUAUGGAAUGGGAAAUGUGCCACCUUACCCAACACCAGGGGGAUAUGGAGGAAAGGGAAUGCCACUGCCCACGUAUUAUCAGAGAUGAGAAACUGGUGUAAAUAGUGAAUUAAAUAGACUAGUUAUAGCUCAUUGUGAUCCAUUGAACAAAGAUUUAGCUCCUUUGGUUGUUUAACUUUCCUCUGUCUUAGAACUUAUUGUAUGACCUUUUGAUAAGGUUGUGCUCUAG